GUCAUGGUAACAAACAAAGUUGCAUCCACAUCAUUAUUACAUGUCAAACUCAAAAUUUCUAAAAUGUCGCUAAUUGAGGUAAUUUCCGAUCAGGCUAACAAAAAAUUAGAAAAAGUGCCGGAGAGCAUUAUGCAAAUGUGCAACUUGAAAAUGCUGUACUUGGAAAAUAACGAGUUGUUUAAUCUUCCUGACGAUUUUUUCGCAAAGCUACCUAAACUUACAUGGAUCGAUUUGAGGAAGAACAAACUUACGGCGCUACCGAGCGGAAUGGCCGAUCACGCUAAUUUAGAAACGAUCCUGCUACAAAAUAACUUAAUCCAAAAACUGCCAAACGAAUUGGGUGCAAUUCCAAAUUUAAAGGUGCUGCAAGUAUCGGGAAAUCCACUCACAUAUCCACCUCAUGAGGUUACCGAUAAAGGCAUCGUGGCUAUAUCUAACUUUCUUAGGGAACAGUAUUUUUUAACUCGCGCGCAAUCGGAUGCCGAUGCAAAAAUUGAUGCGAUAUCAAAUGCGUCCUCGAAAAGUGAAAUUAGCUCUGACAAGGAGUAUAAGGUCUCCGUGGACAAUGAGAGACAAUCGCAACGAGAGGUGAAAUUCAUGCCAGUAAUCGACGUAAAGAGAUUAACGGAGAAUGAGACUAAUCAAAAGAACACCGUAACUAAUGUCGUUAAAAGAACGCACAAGAUAACAAGGGGUUGCUCAAAGAUAUCUCUACAAUCUCAUUCAACAUGGAACAAUAAACGGAAAAUCGAACGCGCCCAAGAGGGUGAAAUGAAGGAGAUAUGGCUGAAGCGAUUAAAGGAUAUCUUAGCCGAUCAGGAAAAAAUACUUCAACAGGAACGAAAUUUAAAGGCGUUGAGCAAAUGGAGGCUGAAGAAAAAGUUGGAACCGGUUAGAGAAGUAAAUUUGAAUGAUCUGUCAGAACCACCCUUCGACACUGACCCGGAAUACCAAAGAAUGCUCACGCGACAAGAUUUGAACGAGCAAAUUGACGCCUUGGUACAGAAAACUAAGCGUAUAAGAAAAAUGAGGCGUCAUGCGAAGAGAGUGAAUAUACAAGAAUUAAUAGAUGACGUUGUAAACCAAAUGAGGUACCUUCAAACGCAAGCGGAACAGUCGAAGUCGCCGCGUACUGAUCAAGAAAUUGCAGGGAAGCAAAUAGAAAGUAUUGUGAAGCUCCAUAAAAAGAUUGUUGAACUACAAACACAAAAUGAGAGAUAUUAGAAGUGUGUGCCCUUUGCUUUGUCAGAACAAUGUUGUAAAUGGUGGUAUUAAACAAUG